AAAAAAACAAGGGAAUCUCCGUCAGUCCACGAUUGCCGGGGUUAACCUUGUGCUGAGCUAUCGCCAGCUUUAUUUAGGGGUUUUAUCGUCAUUAUCCCCCAGCAACUUUCGUGACGAUCAUUCUGCGUUUUUGUCAACUCUGUUACAUUGCAUUGCAUGGUCCCAACGAAAGCAUAAACGCUCUUUAUUUAUUUGCUUUUUUGUUUCUGUUUAAUGCUGUAAUUUCAUCUGGAGUCUCACAAUGGUUUCUGCGCCGUCGGGCGCCGCUGUGCUGGCAGUGAACUUCAGCCUUAUUACGCUGGCUGCUGCCAUCAUCGGUGCUCGAAUCUACCUACGGCUCGUCAUACAGAAGCAAAGGCUCGUCGCUGCAGAUUGGUUGAGGGUUGCAGCAUGGAUAUCAGCAUUUGUUACGGCGUCGUUCGACAUCAUCUACAUGAAGGAGGAUGUGUUGAAGCCCGAGAUCAACUACACCCUCGUUAAUUGGAAUGUUGCGCCAGAGAAGCUAUCGAGAGUGCUGCGGUACAUGUGGGCUAGUGUCAUUCCCUUCUUCGUGACCUUCUACCUCUGCAAGGCAUCACUUCUCGUCGUAUAUCUCCAGCUGUUCCCACCGUUCAUGAUCAAGAGAAGGAUCAUUCUUUGGAGUGUAGUUGGUUAUUGUGCAUGCGCAUUGAUCGUGUCACUAUGCCUGCAACUAUUCCUCUGCUUCCCGAUUAAACGAAACUGGUCGAUCUUGGGACCAGAGCCUUUCUGUGAUGACUUUGCCUUGGUCACUACAUUCCAGGUUGCUUGGACGCUGCAUUUUGUUGGGAGUCUUCUGCUCUUCGCUCUUCCAUGGCUAGUUCUGUAUAAGCUCAACAUGCGGAAGAGGGUCAAGAUCGGUGUCUACUGCGUUUUCCUUCUCGGAAUAAUCGACAUUGCAUUCUCGCUCACGCGCUUCUUGACUAUUCAACUCACAAACGUCGGAGACUUUCGUUCCAUCACAACGAUUGAACUUUGGAGUGGCCUCGACGUUUUCAUCGGCCUCAUCAUUGCAUGCCUCCCAGCUCUCCGACCAUAUCUCCGCAGAAAGGGUUCCAAAUACGACUACAACUACAACACAUCGGGCAGACCGAACAACUCCUCCGGCGCACCAGUUCGCAGAGCAGCACAAAGUGGCUUCGAAGAAAUCGACGAAACACCAUCUCUAGAAGGCGACCCCGACCCAGGCCCAUGGACAGGAUCACAUUCACCGGAGCUCGCGGCAGGCUGGAGUGAUAAGAAGAGCAACAGAAGCGAUAUCGAGCUUGUUAGUCUCGAUGUAACGGCCAAGGAUAGGACGAUUGUAUAAAAUGAGAUCAUGUACAUAAAAGCCAACUAAUUACACUGUUCAUAUUCAUGUCGGAACGACCAGCUCUUGUUUAAUUUGCAGACUUGAAAUUCAGGGUGAGCUAAAUAUGUGAGUGAGAG